AUGAAGUUUUCUGCAGUCUUUUCGAGCAUUGCUCUGACCGUUCUCAUCCAGCCCACCGUGGCCCACCCCGGAAUGGCCAAUCUUGUCUCUGAGAUCCGCGCUCGCCAAGAUGCCAACACCGCUGUUGUCGUCGACCUCAACGCUGACGGCGAUGCCGAUCCUCAGAUGAUCGGUGACCUUGCCACCGUUGGCCCCACGACCCCCGUUGGCAACAGCAUCUACAACAUCCUGACAGGGGCUGAGUCUGGCGAGACUCAGGUUAGCGGCUACACCCCACCUCUUUUUGGAACCAAGGCAUGCAAGGCCGACACUUGCUGCGUCUGGUCCUACGUCUCCGCCGAACUCAGCCUCACUUUCUUGGGGCCUACUGGUCGCUGCAACAAGUGGGCACGCGCCGCCAUCCGCCUCGGCUUCCACGAUGCAGGCACCUGGUCCAACACCACGUGGGGCGGAGCGGACGGCAGCAUCGCCCUCUCCGGCACGGAAAUCAACCGCUCGGAGAACAACGGCCUGCAGGACAUCAUUGGCAAGAUGAUCACCAUCCAAAAGCGCUGGGGCGUCGGCAUGGCCGACCUGAUCCAAUUCGCCGGAGUGCACGCCGUCGUCACUUGCCCGCUGGGCCCGCGCAUCCGCUUCUUCGCCGGCCGCCAGGACAGCAAGACGGCGGGCCCUGAGGGCCUGCUCCCGGGCGUCAACGACAGCGCCGACAAGCUCAUCCAACUCUUCCAGAACAAGACCAUCUCUCCGCACGAGCUCGCGGCCCUCGUCGGCGCCCACACGGCCUCGCAGCAGUUCACCGUCAACACCACCCUGGCGGGUGCGCCCCAGGACAGCACCCCCGGCGUCUGGGACACGCGCUUCUACAACCAGACCACGUCCAACCAGGUUCCCAAGAAGGUGUUCCGCUUCGCGAGCGACGUCGUGCUGGCGAACGACAGCCGCGUCCAGGACGAGUGGGUCCAGUUCACCGACCCGGUCACGGGCCAGAAGCACUGGAACGAGGACUACGCCGCCGCCUACACCCGCCUCAGUCUCCUCGGUGUCAACAACAUCAACAGCUUGACCGAGUGCAGCAAGGUGCUGCCCGCCCAGAGGAUCCAGUUCCCCGGUGCGUCCACCCUGUGGAUCGAGCAGUGA